UUCGUGAUCAAUUUGUAUUUGGACUUAUAAAUCACGAAACAAAAGUGGAAUUAUUUCGUCAAGAAAAUCUAACAUUUCAAAGUGCGGUGAAGAUAGCGGAGGAUCGAGAAGCAGCUAUAAAAAAUUCCUUAUCAAUGAAGCCCGCAUAUGCUGUGUCUGAAGAUACAAUUUUUUACAUGAAUAAGGCUGGUUCAAAAUAUUCCAAUCAUCAACAAUACAGAGGAAGGGGAAGCGGAAACGCAGAAGGAAAAUUCAAAUCUUCGCAACCAAACAACGCAGCCGCGGCUUCCACUUCCAAAGAUCAGAGCCAGAAACUCAUCAGAGACAAUAGACAAAGACAACACGAUAACAGGAGCAGUAACUACAGACGAGAAGACAGAAACGGCAGCCGUAGGUCGAAUGUGUCAAACAAUUCUCAGCUAAGAAAAUCCACAAGGCAGAUAUUUCAUUGUCCAGCUAUGACAGAACAAAGUUGAAUGUAAUGGGUAUGUUGACUGAUCUUAAGGUGCAUUUCGAAGGGGUUGAAGCAAAUUUGAAAGCUUACGUUUUG